AAAAUAUGACUCACAAUGUGCUGUCUGAUCCAUUCUGUCUGGAAUCAUGUGGGAGAACGCACCCACGACGCAUAGCCAUGGACUAAUCAAGCAAGUGGAAGUGCGCCUCACGAUGAGAAUCGUACACGUCCGGUCCCCAUCCCCGGGGGCGGAGCGCCACGCCGACCCCGCGGGGCAAGAUUCUUCUUCGCUGACUCGAGAUCCAACUCCAGCGACAGCGGCGAAUCAACCAAACCCAGCGAAGGCUCCGAACAGUCCACUUUCGACGGGAUAUUUGGGCGCAUGGACGAAUACUCCGAUCAUUCCAGGAGCCCGACCUCCUCGUCACAGGGUGGAGGCCAUCAGGUCGUGGACUUGCCGCCAGUUCCAGCUCGUUUGCCUUCACUGACGGAGCUGUGCGCACAAUGCGCCCGACGGUUCACGGCGAAUAGCGACCUGCGGACGGAAGUACCUGUUUGCGACGAAUGUCGCCGCCGUCCGUCGCGGGAGCGUGGUACAUCAGCGUUGCGAAACAAUUUCACUGCAUAUGCUCGCCCCUCGGAUGUUCCUCAGCGUCAUUCAUCUGACGAUCUCCCGCGGCUCCGGGACGCCACAUACGAUUCGGAGAACACUCGUGAGUCUACGAGGGGUCGGCCUUUUCCUGCUGCCAAUCGAGGACCCUCCAGCAGCCAGUUCCCGCAUGGCGUCAGACCAUCGGAGUUGCCGGACGUCACACUUAAUGUCGGGUCGCCCGGUGAAGAGUCCGUCCUUCAUCAGGCGCUCCGCCGUAGGUAGAAAUGUGGCGGCAGGUUGUAUGUUUAGGCCUCGGGGACAGGUUGGGCUUGUUGCUGGGACUAGCCGACAAGCUCGAGCAUCAUGCUCCAUCUGUCUCAUGUGAUGUUCAGAGUCACUUGUCCAUCGCUUCAUUCCUUUUCAUCUAGCAAUCCACGAUUCGAAAAACGGAUUUACUGAGGAA